AAAGGGAAGUGACGCCCCCCCCCGUCCCGGCGGCGGCGGUGACGGGCACGGCCGGGGCCAGCUGGGCUCCGUGAGGGACAGGGGCCGGGACCGGGAGCUCCCUGCAGCAUGGCAGAAGCCUCUGUCUCUCCGCUGAAGCAUUUUGUGCUGGCCAAAAAGACCAUCACUGCCAUCUUCGAUCAGCUGCUGGAGUAUGUCACUGAGGGAGCAGCAUUUGUGGAAGCCACAUGUAAGAACCCAGAGCUUGAUCAUAUAGCGACAGAAGAUGAACUAGCAAAAAUACAAGCAUAUAAAAACAAGUUGGCAGUCAUUGGAGAGGUGCUGUCACGGAGACACAUGAAAGUGGCAUUUUUUGGCAGAACAAGCAGUGGGAAAAGUUCAGUCAUUAAUGCAAUGCUGUGGGACAAGGUGCUUCCCAGUGGGAUUGGCCAUACAACAAACUGCUUCCUCAGUGUGGAAGGGACUGACGGAGAUAAGGCUUAUCUCAUGACAGAAGGAUCAGAUGAAAAGAAGAGUGUCAAGACAGUCAAUCAGCUGGCUCACGCACUUCACAUGGAUAAAGAUUUGAAGGCUGGCUGUCUUGUCCAUGUCUUCUGGCCCAAGUCAAAGUGUGCCCUGCUGAGAGAUGAUUUGGUUAUAGUGGACAGCCCUGGCACAGAUGUCACUACAGAACUGGACAGCUGGAUUGACAAGUUCUGCUUAGAUGCUGACGUGUUUGUCUUGGUUGCCAAUUCUGAAUCAACUCUCAUGAACACGGAGAAACAUUUUUUCCAUAAAGUGAACGAACGACUUUCCAAGCCAAACAUCUUCAUCCUCAAUAAUAGAUGGGAUGCCUCUGCAUCAGAGCCAGAAUACAUGGAAGAUGUGCGUAGGCAGCACAUGGAGCGCUGUCUGACUUUCCUGGUCGAUGAGCUCAAAGUUAUUGAUCCUGUAGAAGCAAGGAAUCGCAUCUUUUUUGUUUCAGCAAAAGAAGUUCUGAGUGCCAGGAGACAAAAGGCCCAAGGAAUGCCAGAGGGUGGUGGAGCACUUGCUGAAGGAUUUCAAACAAGAUUCCAGGAAUUUCAACAUUUUGAGCAGAUAUUUGAGGAGUGUAUCUCGCAGUCAGCCGUGAAAACCAAGUUUGAACAGCACACUAUCAGAGCUAAACAGAUAAUAGAUACUGUGAAAAACAUUAUGGACAACAUAAACGUUGCAGCAGCAGAGAAAAGAGUCCAUUCCAUGGAAGAGCGAGAAGAUCAGAAGGACAGGCUGGACUUUGUUAGAAAUCAGCUGAACAUUUUGACAGAAGACACCAAGGAAAAAAUCAAACGCGUUACCGAGGAAGUUGAAAACAAAGUCUCCUCUGCCAUGACUGAUGAGAUUUGCCGGCUUUCAGUUUUAGUUGAUGAAUUUUAUUCUGAUUUUCACCCUUCUCCUCAAGUAUUGAAGCUCUAUAAGACAGAGCUGAACAAACAUAUAGAAGACGGUUUGGGAAAGAACCUGGCUGAGCGCUGCACCACUGAAGUCAACCAGUCAAUGCACCAGUCCCAGCAGGAGAUGAUUGAAAAUCUGAAACCAUUGUUGCCUUCUAGUGUUCAGGAUCAGCUCCACUUGCUAAUUCCAUGCAGGAAGUUUGAUCUUAGCUAUGAUCUAAACUGUCACAGCCUGUGUGCAGAUUUUCAAGAGGAUAUCAUGUUCCACUUUUCUUUGGGAUGGACUUCUCUUGUAAACCGUUUCUUGGGUCCUAAACAAGCUCAGAAAGUACUGCUGGGAUUAGCAGAUCCAAACCUACAUAUCCCUCGUCCUCUAGCCAGCACCCCAUCUGCCGCCAGCCUUCCCGCCAUAACUCCCGAGAACGUGCCCCAGGAGGAGUUCAUGGUUCCUUUGGUGUUGAGUUUAGCCUCGCUGACAUCCCGGACCUCCAUGAGCAUCAUCGUUGUUGGUGGAGUGAUUUGGAAAACCGUAGGCUGGAAACUGAUCUCAUUGUCCCUGAGCAUGUACGGGCUGCUGUACCUGUAUGAGAGGCUGACCUGGACCACUCGGGCCAAGGAGAGAGCCUUCAAGCAGCAGUUUGUGGACUACGCCACCGAGAAGCUGCAGAUGAUCGUCAGCCUCACCAGCGCCAACUGCAGCCACCAGGUGCAGCAGGAAAUGGCCACUACUUUUGCUCGGCUCUGUCAGCAGGUGGAUAUUACUGAGAAAAACCUGGAAAAAGAAAUAGCUAGGCUUUCCAAAGAAAUAGAUCAGCUGGAGAACAUACAGAGCACCUCCAAGCAGCUGAGAAAUAAAGCCAUUCACCUUGAGAACGAACUAGAUCGCUUCACAAAACAUUUUCUUCAAAAGAGUAAAUAAAACAUCAUUGCGAAUCUUCCCAGUGCUCCUUUGUAGGGCAAAGUAGAAAUUUUACAGGUGACACUAAUAUUCUAUAAAAAUAAUUUAUAUUUUUAAUGUUACUAUGGUGACAGUUGUAAAACUUGGACUCUGAUGAUGAACCAAGCAGAAGAGCUGUGGUACUCUUUGAGUGUUAUGUUCAUUUUGCAGAUUUUGGGUUAAAAAUCACCUUUAAACACUAAAUUUUUUGGGCACUUGACAAUAAAACCCCAAAUUCUCA